AUGGCACGUAAGGGUAAAACCAAGACAAAGAGAAAUGCUCAGAAAUAUUUAAAUGCUUAUCAAAUAGCAGAACGACAAUUAAAUGGAUAUGAUGAAGAUGGAGAUAAUUCAGGAGAUGAUGGAAAAGAUGAAAUUUUCAUGAAUGAAAAAAGUAAAUAUAAUUCACAAUAUAAAGAAUUUGAAGAUGGUAUAUUAGAUGCUAGAAAAUAUUUACCUGAUGAUAUUAAAGUUGAUUUAGAUGAAGAAAUUGAUUCUGAUGAAGCUUUAGGAUCUGAUGAUGAUUAUGAUGUUUUAAAUUCUAAAUUCUCACAAACUAUUAGAGAUAAAAGAAAGAGUUUGAAAAAACAAGGUCUUGAUAGUGAUGAUGAGGAAGAUUUAGAAGAUGAUGAUGAUGAAGAAUAUGAUAGUAUUGAUGAAGGACAAUUAGUUACUUUAUCUGAAGCUUGGGAUAUGGAUGAUCGUGAUUUACAAGAAAGGUUAGGUACUAAAGGAAAGAAAAAUGAUAUUGUUUUAAACGAUAAUUGGGAAUCUGAAUCAAGUGAAGAUGAAGAUGAAGAAGAAGACGAUGAUGACGAAGAAGAGUCAUCAGAAGAAGAAUCAUCGGAAGAUGAAGAAGAUAUUUUUGGACGUCCUGAUGAAGAAGAAGAGAAUGAAGUCAAUUUAUCUAAAACAGUUGAUAAUUUACAAUCAAAAAUCUUAUCUAAACAACCUAAAGAACGUAAGAAGUUAAUUAUUGAAAGUAGAGAAGAAAAUGAAUUUAGUUUGCCUACAGGAGGUAAUCAAUUAUCAUUACAAGAUAUGAUGAUUGAUGGAGAAAAUGAUGAUGCUAUAUUAAUUGAUGAAAAUUCAAAAUCAAUUGCUAUUCCAUUACCUAAACGUAUCCAAACAAGAAAUGAUCGUGCUGCAGCUUAUGAAUUAUCUAAAAAAGAAAUUAGUAAGUUUCAAGAUACUGUUCAAUCAAAUAGACAAGCCGAAGUUUUAAAAUUCCCAUUAAUGAAUCAACAACCUGAUAGUUUUAAGGAUUCUGCUAUGACUUUUAGAGCAGAUAAUGUUCCAACUACUGAAUUAGAGAAAAAAAUCAAUGAUGUUUUAGUUAAAUCUUCUUUGGUUGAUGAUUCUAAAGAAGCUACAUUUGAAGAAAUUGCAGUUGCUAAAUUAUCACCAGAAGAAAUGAAACAAAGAACCAAUGAAUUAAGAUUAAUGCGUGAAUUAAUGUUUAGAGAUGAAAAGAGAGCUAAACGUAUUAAGAAAAUUAAAUCUAAACAAUACCACAAGAUUCAAAAACGUGAACGUUUAAGAAAUCAAGAAUUAGUUGAAGAUGAUGAAGAUUUAGAAGGUGAUGAUCAUGAUGUCAAACGUGCGACUGAAAGAAUGAAUUUAAAACACAAGACUCAAUCAAAAUGGGCUAAAUCAAUGAUCAAAAGUGGUUUAUCCAAGGAUGCUUCAAACAGAGCAGAAUUGGAGGAAAUGUUGAGACAAGGUGAAAGAUUGCGUGAAAAACAAGUUGGAUUUGAAGAUGGUAAUCAAAGUGAUGAGGAAGCUGAAAAUGUUAUUAAUGAAUAUGAUCAUGAUGAUGAAGAUAAAGAUGACAAAUUAAGAUCCAAAUUAGGUAAAGGGGUUAUGAAUAUGGAUUUCAUGAAGAAUGCUGAAGCUAGAAGAAGAGAAGAAAAUAUGAAAGAAUUAGAAAUGUUGAAAAGAUUGGAGAAUGGAGAAGGUGAUUUGGAUAUUUUUGAAGAGGAUAAUGGUGCUGUAAAUAUCACUAAAAAUCAAGGUAGAAGAGUCUACACACCAAGUGCAGCUAUUCAAGAUAAUGCUUCUGUCAAUGAAAAAGUCAUGGAAGAAAUUAAUGAUGAUAAUGCCAAAUCAUUAGAAAAUAGAUUAUCCAAGAAAUACAACGUUGCAGGUCAUGAAUCAAAAUCAUCUAAAUCUAGUUCACAAGCAUCAGCAUCAACAUCGGCUCAACAACCAGAACCAGAACCAUUACCAGUUGAUGCAUCUAAUCCAUGGUUAACUUCAUCUAAUGAUAGCACAAAACAAAAAUCCAAUAAAAUAACAACUAUAGAUAAAGAUUCUUCCAAACUAGCUAAAGCUGCUGCCAAAAUUGCUAAAUCUAAACUUAGGAAACAUAAAUCAGAUGAUAAUGUUUUGAUUGAUAUUAAUGAAACAUUGGCAGUUGGAGAUAUCCAUGAUGAUGAUGAUGAAAGAUCAGAAGAUGAAGGUGAAGAAAUUCCGAUGAUGUUCAAACAAAAGGAUUUGAUUAAACAAGCAUUUGCAGGAGAUGAUGUUGUUAAUGAAUUUGAGAAUGAAAAGAAACGUAUUAUUGAAGAUGAAGAUGAUAAAGAAGAAGAUUUAACAUUACCAGGAUGGGGAGAUUGGGCCGGUGGUGAUUCAAAACCUAAAAAGAGGAAGAUUGUACGUAAAAUUGAAGGUGUUAUGUCAAAGAAUCGUCGUAAGGAUAAAAAUUUGAAAAAUGUAAUUAUUAAUGAAAAAGUUAAUAAGAAAAAUUUGAAAUAUCAAAGUAGUCAAGUUCCUUAUGGUUUUGAUAAUAAAGAACAAUAUGAACGUUCUUUAAGAAUGCCAGUUGGUCAAGAAUGGACUUCUAAAGAAACUCAUCAAAAAUUAACCAUGCCUAGAAUAAUCACUAAACAAGGUACUGUCAUUGAUCCUUUAAAAGCUCCAUUUAAAUAA